AUGCCUUCUUGGCUGGCUAUUUGGCUAGAAAUUGCCUUCUCGGCUGGCUAUUUGGCUAGAAAAGCCUUCUUGGCUGGCUAUUUGGCUAGAAAAACCUUCUUGGUUGGCUAUUUGGCUAGAAAUACCUUCUUGGCUGGCUAUUUGGCUAGCUAUUUGGCUAGAAAUACCUUCUUAGCUGGUUAUUUGGCUAGCUAUUUGACUAGAGAUGCCUUCUUGGCUGGCUAUUUGGCUAGCUAUUUGACUAGAGAUGCCUUCUUGGCUGGCUAUUUGGCUAGCUAUUUGACUAGAGAUACCUUCUUGGCUGACUAUUUGGCUAGAAAUGCCUUCUUAGCCGGCUAUUUGGCUAGAAAAAUCUUCUUGGUUGCUAUUUGGCUAGAAAUGCCUUCUUGGCUGGCUAUUUUGGCUAGCUACUUGGCUAGAAAUGCCUUCUUAGCUGGCUAUUUGAUUAGAGAUGCCUUCUUGGCUGGCUAUAUGGCUAGAAAUGCCUUCUUGGCUGGCUAUUUGGCUAGAAAAACCUUCUUGGUUGGCUAUUUGGCUGGAAAUGCCUUCUUGGCUGGAUGCCACUGCAGUUGCUGUAGUAACAGUAGUGGUAGUCAGUAUUCGUGCUUAAGUGAUACGGAUGGCCAUUACACUGCUGUAUGGCCAGGCCCAACAGUCACUUUCGCUGGUCUCCAUAGAGAUCCUACCGGAGAGAGUUCUCUCCAGACCUCUAACCAGAUUGAUAAACAGCAGCAAAGCCCGAGAUCAGGAAGAUCCUUUUCAAGAUUUUUCUUGAGGCGAUGCUUGCCGUUUCUCCUUGAGCAGUUAGAGAAAUGA